CGUCCCUAAUGGCCGACCUUUCCCCCCUCCCGGUAGGACCGUGACCACCAGAGCAUGAGCAGCUGCCUGAGUGUGAAGCCCCUGGAGAUGCAGCAAUGCCUGGAGGGGAAAUGCCAGGAGCUGCUGAAGCACUGCUGGGGGGAGCUGUGGGGCAAGGACCCCCAGAAACAGGCUGCCCUGGAGGAGCUGGAGCAGGGGCUGGACAGGCUGAUGGCCCAGUUCCUGCCAGGAUAUGAACAGCGCUUUAAAAUGGCUGAGAUGAAAGCUGAGACGGAGGCAAACAAGAAAGCCGUCGAAGAUGCAAGGCAGGCACAUAAACAAUUUGUGCAGAAGCAGGACCGUGACCACCAGAGCAUGAGCUGCUGCCUGAGUGUGGAGCCUGCAGAGAUGCAGCAACGCCUGGAGGGGAAACAACAGGAGCUGCUGAAGCACUUUCAGUGGGAGCUGCUGGGCGAGGACCCCCAGACACAGGCUACCCUGGGGAAGCUGAAGAAAGAGCUGGACAGGCAGAUGGCCCAGUUCCUAACAGCCUACGGAAAGCGCUUUAAAGGGAAUACAUACAAACACCCCGAGGAGAACCUGCCUCAGAUCCUGUACUCAGUGCAGGACAACCAUAAAUACUGUAAAGCCAUUCCUGGAUUUUCUGGUCCAUUCUUCAGUGGGGAUGUGGCAGAAUUUGGUGUCACUGGUCCCUUCCCUGAGGACAACAUGGCUUAUGGCUUCUCAGGUUCUUCUGGCUUCUCUGGAUCAUUCAUCUCUGAGGACAUGGCAUCUUCUGAGUUCCGUGAAUCAAUAUCUCCUGAGGAUGGGUGA